CACUCGUCUCCGAUUGGUCUGUUACUGCCACAGAGCUCACUCUUUUUAACAAUCUUCGUAUCGCCUCAGUAGUACAGCAAGUUAACAUGUCCGGCGAUAAAAACGACUUUGAGCAAACUUUUUCCUUCCGUCCAAUUCCCUCCAGGAAGUUCUCGUUCUUGGAGGAAAAGGAAACUGUUGCUCUGUUGAUGAAAUGGUCCAUGCUUGGGAGGCUGUCGGCAGAGACGUUCAGCUUCGACCAGAAGUUUCACCUUUACGACAGCGAGAGGUUUGUUCUGUGUUUCUUCACAGACGUCAGCGUGCUCUCCAGUGUGAGGAUGACGAGCACCUGGAAGCCUCUCGAAAAGCCAGUGGUGUCCGUCGACGUGGAGGUGGUCCCAUGCACCAAGGUCUCCAUGGACUUAUUGGACCCCAUCUACACUUGUGGCAUAGUGGCGCCCUCUGGACACAUCGGCAGGUGCUUUCACGACGUCUACCCGGACUAUGACAAACUCCGAGAGAUGCUGCAGGAUGAGGACUCUGAGAACUACCACAUAAUGGGGAGUGCUGAGCGAGGGGAGUUGCUGUUUCGCCUCUUCAAGCAUCUCUGCCUCGGAGGAGAACUGAAUCAGUAUGAAGACACCGUCGAGCCUUACAUCAGCGUCACCAAGAAAUUGUACAAAGAGCUCAUCAGUGUUCAAAAGGAUCCCGAAAGCAAAAAGAUUGGCGUCGUCUCCGCAGUGCUCAAAGUGCACGUCUACGAUGAGUCGGGCCAGUGUCACCCCGGGAGACGAGACGAGGAGCAAACGUUUGCCUACCUGAUGGUGGACCCCUAUAAACACCACGUGACGCUACUCUCCCACUCUUAUGGUGUGGGAACCAUGACCCUUUGACAGUGGAAAUGGUCUCAUACAGGAAAUAAUCCAUCUUGGAUCAUAAUGACUGUGUAUCGACAUACAUCCUGAGUGAUAGAAAAUUGUACUACAUCCCAUACAAAAAAAAAUAAUAAAAAAAUGCAUUAAUCCUAGUUCACAAAGCGGUUGAAUGUGAGGGGAGGAUAAGAGAAAAGCAGCAUUGUUUUGGAGACAAUUUUGACCUUUUCUUUUUAAAAGUAGUGGAAAUGUGUUGGGAUUUAAAAGGUUACACAUCAUCCCUACGGGUUCACACAAGACUGUGCCCUUUCUUUCAAAAGGAAAGGUUAGGCAAUCUAACGUUGUCCAUUUGUCCUUAUUUUCCAUUUAAAAUGAUUGCUUAUUUGUUCUUUAAUCCGUGUAAAUUUACAGUACUGUUAUGAUCUCUCAAUUAUCUAAACGUGUGGGGUGGAAUCAAUAUGUGAUGUAUUAAUAGGGGUUGUGUCUAACAAUCAUUUUAGCAAAAAAAUAUUAAAAAACGUUUUAUUUUUUAAUAAAUUGAACAAAAUGACGUUGUCACUAUAGGAAAAUGAAUUCAAUCCAUUUGUGAAUGAGGCUGGAACAUAACAAAAUGACUACUUGCCGGAUGCAUUGUAUAUGAUUGUAUUCUGCCCCUUACAGGAUAAAUGACGACAUGUAUAUGAUCUAAAAAUACUUAUCCCGAAAUAUCACUGUAUUUAAAAUGUGACAAAAAAUGUAAAAUAAAAUAGUACGUGGUCGAAUUCAACUCAAUUACAUAACAUUCACGUCAAAAAAGAGGACGCGUAAGCCGAAAAUUGUUGAUACAAACGCAGUUUCCUGGAUUCUCUGGCAUUGUGGGAAAUGUAGUCUUUACCAAAAAUGAAUCAUACCACUUUCAAAUGUAAUCGUAAAUACUGGUAAACGAGACUUGCGUAUUUUAUAUUCAGCGCAGGCAUAUUAUUGUGUUUCAAAUCACAUAAUAAACACAACUAAGA